ACUCUGACAUUGUGUGCACCCAGUGAAUGCCUAAAAUUUAGUUGUAAAAAAUGUUCCGUUUAAAUGAGAUAACUUUCCGUAAAAUUGGUCUUUGUGUGAUCCUCUCGUGUCUGGCCCUGUACGCGUACGUGUGCACGGACAUGGACACGGGACCCAAAAUUGAAAAUGCGUACUUUGUGAACAACGAGGGCUGCAAAAUGAUUGCCCUGGAUGUGACGAGUCCCGAGAUAGACAGCUACAUGCACAAGCCACCAAACGCGUACAAGUGCGAGGAUGCCACCUGGUUUGGCUCGAAACUCUUGAAUGGCAGCUGGUACCUGGAGCUGAUCCGCGACAUUGAUCAGAUACUGAUCGACCAUGAUCUGCACAAUGAAACCAACAUCGAGUGCGAGUACGAUCGAUUUGACGGGCAGGGCGACAGCCACUUGGAGCACUACAGAACGGUUACAUUCAAUCUGCUGCCCCCAUACCGCUGGAAGCUGGGACCGUCCAUGUACCUGCGUGUGUUCUGCUACCACUCCAAGCAAUUACUGCACGAGGAUGUUCAUUUCUUCAUCCAGCCACCGCCGCAGGAGCUACUCGAACUCGAACAAGCAAAAAGCUUGAAGAAAUGGCACGAAGGCAAUGAAACGGAACCAGCAAAACCCACCUCUGAGCCCCUCAUUUCGGUCAUGAUCCUGGGCUUGGAUAGUGUUUCCCACCUGAACUUUCUGCGCCAAAUGCCGCGCACCGCCAACUAUCUGCGCAAACAGAUGUCUCACGUGGAGUUUUGGGGCUACAACAAAGUCGGCUUGAAUACAUAUCCGGCUAUGAUUCCCAUGCUGACGGGCGAGAGUGUAGAGGAGAAUGAAAAAUAUUGGAAGCCCCAAAAACGCAUGGACGGCUGUCCUGUAAUUUGGAAAGAAUUUAAAAAGGCCGGCUAUAACACGAGCUUCGGUGAAGAUUAUCCUGGUGCAACUCUUUUCAAUUACUACCACCCGGGCUUUGCCGCAAAUCCCACUGACCACUAUCUACGCCCGGCACUGACACUUAUGAAUAGAAGGGGCGGCACGCGGAGUGAGACAUCAUGCUCGGGUGGACGCUUGCUCACGGAUAUAUUGCUGCAAAUGGUCGAUUACAUGCUGCCCCAUAUGCAACGGCAUCCGUUCUUCUCGUUUUACUGGUGGGCCCAGGGCAUACACGAGUACUUCAACUUUGCCUCGACGAUCGAUCAGCGUGUUGUCGGACUAUUGAGGCGUCUCGAUAAUACGGGAAUCACCAACAACACCUUCAUAUUCUUCAUGUCCGAUCACGGCUCGCGCUGGGGAUCAUUUCGUAGGACCUUUCAAGGAAUGCUGGAAGACAAUCAACCCAUGCUCUUCACGCUCUACCCCAAGUGGAUGAAGGAACGAUAUCCGCUGGCCAUCAGCAACCUGGAGAGCAAUAGUCACAGUCUGAUUACCACAUACGACAUGUACGAGACGAUAAAGGACCUCCUUCACCUGGAUUCAUUGCAGGAGAAUCGCAUCAAGCAGAAGUCAAGGCUGCUAUGGCAGCUACGCGGCUCUGACACACCGCGUAGCGUCAGCCUCUUCCUGCCAGUGCCUGCGUGGCGCACUUGCAACACCUCCAACAUCCCUGUCGCAUAUUGUCUGUGCCAAAAACUGAUUCCCCUUCAAUUGGAUGGUCGAACGGCCCAGCUUGUGGCACGCGCAGCUCUUCUAUCGAUCAAUCAGCUGCUGAAGCCCUAUCCCAUGUGUCUUCAGCUGGAGCUCAAGGAUGUGGUCAGCGCCUACUCUUUGGUGCCGCAGGUUAGCCACAAGCGUGACAGGCGGGAUUUUACCGUGCGCUUCCAAACGAUUCCAGGCGAUGCCUACUUUGAGGCCACCUCAAGACUGUCGGGUGGGGUCUUCUACCAGGCGGGGGAGAUCGUUCGCAUUAUGCAUCGCAACAACAACAGCAACUGCAUUAGCGAGCUUCAAUUGGAACCCUUCUGUUAUUGUGCACUUUAACAUCAAGAAAAAACAUAUUAUUAAACGGAAUCAGGAAAUAUAAAAUAAAUCCACAGAACGUC